CAUUGUUUGAAUUCUCAAAUCUGAUUGGUCAGGUGUUGAUACAUUUUCUACAUCAGCACCUGACAGUACUUCCAACUGCAAAAAGGCAACGCACAUGUUUAUAUUACGGAGAUUAAAAACAAAAACAAUUCAGCGGAUGGGCCCGCCUUUUUCACAAGUCAGAGAAUGAAAGAAAUGCCACAAUAGGUGGAGACUCCAAGAACCAAUGAUAUAAAACUGAAAACUCUGAAUACUGAAAGAUGUACUAAAAGUGGACCUGACCAUAAGCGGAUUCAUUUAAUUGUAUAAAAUGGGAUCGUCCGAAUCAAAAGUAGCUCACACCAUGCCCCCAAGAACAGUACAUGCACAGAAGCCCAAUCCUCCAAAACAAGAAAAUGAAUCUUCACAACGCCAACCAGAAUUUGAAAGUCCAUGGAGGAUGAUGCCUUGGGGACGAAAGGAUGAAAUUGAGCAGAAACUGAGGAACUUUAAUGUCAAGAGACUAAAAGUGCCGUAUGUCAGAAUUCUGAUUGUUGGUGCAGUCGGAGCUGGAAAGUCCAGUUUCAUAAACUCAGUUAAUAAUGCUUUCCAAGGAAGAAUCACCUGUGAGGCUCUGGUUGCUACAGGAUCUGAAAGAAGCUUCACAACAACCUACACAACCCAUUACAUUGAAGGAGAGGAUGGUACUCCUUUGCCUUUUGUCUUCAAUGAUAUCAUGGGCCUUGAAGAUGAAGAUGGUGUCCAAACACAGGACCUUGUCACAGCUGUACAGGGGUUUAUUAAGGAAGGGCACAAAUUUAAUCCUUUGUCAGCAGUGUGUAAAAAUGACCAUGGCUACAGAAGCAACCCAACACUUGAAGAACAAACCUUCUGCCUGGUCAACAUUAUAGCAGCAGACAAAAUAUCACUGAUGAAGGAUGAAGUCAUUGAUAAGCUGAAAUACAUCCGCCAGGAGGCUUCAAAACUGAUGAUGCCACAAGUAAUUGUCAUGACACGACCAGAUUUAGCAUGCCCACACGUUAACAAAGACCUAAGGAAGAUCUACACCAGCAAGAAAAUAAAAGACAAGAUGCAAGAGUGUAGUAAUCGGCUGGGUAUUCCCAUGAAUUACAUCUUCCCUGUGAAGAACUACCAUGAGGAGAUUGACACAGAAGAUAACAUGGAUGUUCUGAUUCUCAAGGCACUUGAUCAGAUUGUGCACAUCGCCGCUGAUGCAAUGAAGAAAAAAUGCUUUAAUUCUGGUGGCAAUCAUGAGUAAAAACUUCUAGAUCCCAGAUCAGUGUCAUUAUUGCAACACAUUUUUAAAUGGGUGUAAUAUAUUCAAUCUUUAUGGAGUACUUUACAUUGCGUUACAUUAGUUCCAGUAUAAUUAAUUAGCCAAAGAUGUAAACUUUUUUUCAACACUUUAAAUUUAAUUAUGAGGAAAUCACAUUGCGAUCACAUAAGACAAUUACAAGGAUGUCUUUGGCAUUAGUUAGUCUCAGUCAUGUGUGGUCACUGCUGCACAAACAGAAAAUAAUAAUGGCUAUAAAAAGCAUUAGUUAGAAUUCAGAAUUCAAAAAUGAUCAAAAUAACAGUUCCUAUAGUUGCUAAUGAAAAAUGAUAUGUAUGUGUUUCCUGUAACCUGGACACAUUUGAUUUGUAUGUAUCUAAAGUUUCUGUGAAUUUGUGAGAUGGAUCACUUAUCCUAAUAGUUUCUAAGAUUUAUCCUAUCUUAUUUUUAUUUUGUGUUUGACCUAUAGAUUGUUUUUUAGCCAUUAGCCUAGCCCUUUCAAAAUGUUAGCCAAGGUUUUUGGGUUUGAAUUCUUUUUGGUUUGCAGUUUGCUUUUUGCCUUGCUUUUUGACUGUCACCAUUAAUUACACUAAUAAACAGAUUUUCACAAGUAUCCUGUCUUCUUUUGUGAAAUGUUACCAAAAAAAUGUAGUUAA